GUAGGGAAGUAGAAAGCUUCCUGCCUAGGGCACUGGAGUCUGGGAGAGGGAAAGAGAGGAGGCAGGAGAGGAGCCCUGGGGGCCAAUGUUUAUCAGUCUUGCUUGUCUAGUGCUAUGGCAGCUCAUCUUGCCCAGGCUAAAGAAGGGUGGAGCACAGCUUAAGGAACCGGGCUGCCUUACCUGGUGGGAUUCAGGCCCCUCGACCCUUCUGGUAGUGCCAGGGCUGGCCGCUAAAUCAGGCUCCUAGUUCCUCUCCCUUUCCUAGAAAACAAGUAUGUCUGCUGGGAUUGCUUAGAGGCAGACACCAGAGCAGAGCUUUUGGAGGGUGAAAGGGAGCCCCUCACCCCCAAAGCUUAGGUCACAGCUGGAGGGUGGCUCUGGGAAGUCUUACUAGUUUGUUGUUGGGCUGAUUUUUUUAAAAAUCAAAGUCAGUGCUAUUAAUAUCAGGUAAUGAACAUAAUCUCUUAGCUAAGUUAUCCUCUUAUGCCUGUUGGCCUCUGCAGGACUUUGAAGUCAGCAGCUCACACUGGCUUUUUCCUAAUGUAGAUACUGUUGCCCUUACAUCUAGCAAAUCAGAAACAUUGAAUUACACCUUAAAGAAAACCCAAAUUCCUGCCUUCCUCUGCUACACCAGGUUCCCGAAUCAUUCCCUUGAGUCUCACCUUUAGAAUAGCCAGUCAUGGAGGUACAGCCCAGUCAACUCAGAACUUUUCCAGAUUUCUUCUGGGAAACUGUCCCUCCCAGCUCAGAGUGCUGUAGGUACUGAGAAGCUUACAACCUAACUUGGGAUUUAGGCUUCAGAGAGAUAAUUAUACUCAGCAUCCUGUUUGUUACAUAGUCCUGUGAUUACUACAAGUUGGGGAAUGAGCAGCCCUCCUGGUUACCCCGGGAUCAGGAUAUCAGGGUGCUGGGCCCUUGGAGCUGAAGGCAGCAGUGCUGAAUCUCUAGACAGACUUCUUCCACCUGUGGGCACAGGCCGAUCACCCCGGAAAAGAACCACUAGCCAGUGUAAAUCAGAGCCACCCCUGUUGCGAACCAGCAAAAGAACAAUAUACACAGCUGGGCGGCCUCCCUGGUACAAUGAACAUGGGACACAGUCAAAGGAAGCUUUUGUUAUUGGCCUGGGUGGGGGUAGUGCCUCUGGGAAAACCACAGUGGCCAGAAUGAUUAUUGAAGCUUUGGAUGUCCCCUGGGUGGUUCUGCUGUCCAUGGAUUCCUUCUACAAGGUGCUUACCAAGCAGCAGCAAGAACAGGCAGCCAACAAUGACUUCAAUUUUGACCACCCUGAUGCCUUCGAUUUUGACCUCAUCGUUUGUACCCUCAAGAAGCUGAAGCAGGGGAAGAGUGUAAAGAUCCCCAUCUAUGACUUUACCACACACAGCCGGAAAAAGGACUGGAAAACCCUGUAUGGAGCCAAUGUGAUCAUUUUUGAGGGAAUCAUGGCAUUUGCAGACAAACAGCUCUUGGAGCUCUUAGAUAUGAAGAUCUUUGUGGACACAGACUCGGACAUCCGUCUGGUGCGACGGCUUCGAAGAGAUAUCAGUGAGAGAGGCCGGGACAUUGAGGGGGUCAUCAAACAGUAUAACAAGUUUGUCAAGCCGGCCUUUGACCAGUACAUCCAGCCCACCAUGCGACUUGCAGACAUUGUAGUUCCCCGAGGGAGUGGAAAUACUGUGGCCAUUGAUCUGAUUGUUCAGCAUGUCCAUAGCCAGCUGGAAGAGAGGAAGCUGCGCUGGGAUAUGGCAGCAUUGGCCUCAGCCCACCAGUGCCACCCUCUUCCCAGGACACUUAGUGUGCUGAAGAGCACCCCCCAAGUGAGGGGGAUGCACACCAUCAUCAGGGAUAAAGAGACCAGUCGAGAUGAGUUCAUCUUCUAUUCAAAGCGGCUAAUGAGACUUCUCAUUGAGCAUGCUCUCUCCUUCUUGCCCUUCCAAGGCUGCACGGUCCAAACACCUCAGGGGCAGGACUAUGAAGGAAAAACAUAUGCUGGGAAGCAGAUCACAGGGGUGUCCAUCCUAAGGGCCGGGGAGACCAUGGAACCAGCAUUGCGGGCCGUGUGCAAGGAUGUCCGAAUUGGCACCAUUCUCAUCCAGACCAACCAGCUCACUGGUGAGCCAGAGCUGCACUACCUCCGGCUCCCCAAGGACAUCAGCCAGGACCAUGUGAUCCUGAUGGACUGCACGGUGUCCACGGGGGCAGCUGCCAUGAUGGCCGUGAGAGUAUUGUUGGAUCACGAUGUUCCGGAAGACAAGAUCUUCCUGCUCUCACUGCUGAUGGCCGAGAUGGGUGUCCACUCUGUGGCCUAUGCCUUUCCCCGGGUGAAAAUCAUCACCACAGCUGUGGAUAAGAAAGUGAAUGACCUUUUCCGCAUCAUCCCUGGCAUUGGGAACUUCGGAGACCGCUACUUUGGGACAGAUGCCCCACCUGACUGGAGCGAUGAGGAGGAGCUAGCUGCGACUUAGCACACAGCCUUCCGAGGGAAUCUUUGCCUUCUCUCAUCACACCCCUCCUCUGCCUGGGCAAGUCUUCCAGGGACUCCCAACAGGGCUGUGGAAGAACCUGGACUCACACAGAUUCCUGGACUUUCAGCGGAGGGAGAAGAGAGAUUAAUAUAUUUUCAUUUAACUUUGCCAAUAUAAUUUAUUCCAAAAGUUUUAUUAAAAAAAUGAAAUAAAAAUGUUAACCAAAUUGAA